AUGGGAGGGCUAUUGUUGUUGCUCUUGCUGAGCUCGCAACUCCGCUUGAUCUCCAGCGUGGGCGUUGGCAUCUUGGUCGGGACGUCGAUGAUUGUAAUUAUACCCGAAGGCAUCGAAGCCGUCACGACUACCGGCGGGCACUCGCAUACUAAGAGGAACUUGUUGAGUGCGUCAGGCAAGCAAGGGGCGCUCGAUGUGCGGUGGGCGGCAGGCGACGAUGUCCCCCAACUGGCGACCGCCCCCAGGUCCACGAGAAUAGCGGAGGAGCUUCAUACCCUCGGCCGUGAUGUCGAGGAUAUUCCAAGGCUGCGCAGUCGAGAGGAGCAGGGCGAACACGGCCAUGAGCAGCCUCCAACCGGCCCGCCGGGCCCCGAACCCCACCACGACGAAGAGAAGCACAACGAAGUGCCGACGUUCUACAUCGGUCUCUCCAUGAUCCUCGGCUUCGUCCUCAUGUUCCUGAUCGACAGGCUGCCGCGGCACGCGACGGACCGAAUGCAGUCUGAGCCGCAGAUGCGCCACGUCAGCCUGGACAACCUGGGCGGAUCAUCGACGGUCGGUGAUGAGGAGACGGAGGGCUUCCUCGGCCCUCUGGCGCCCCCACCGAAGCAGUCACGGAGCCUCGCGACAACCAUUGGCCUGGUUAUCCACGCCGCGGCAGACGGCAUCGCCAUGGGGGCGUCUACCUCGACAUCCAACACCAAACUGGGCCUCAUCAUCUUUGUUGCCAUCAUGGUGCAUAAGGCGCCUGCGGCGUUCGGCCUGACGUCGGUUCUCCUCAAGCAGGGGCUCUCCAAGCGGACAGCGCGAGGCCACCUGAUCGUCUUCAGUCUUGCUGCGCCGUUCGGGGCUCUCAGCACGUGGGCAAUUAUCAGGAUCCUGGGUGGCGGCAACUUUGAGGGAGAAUCCGGCCAGUGGUGGACCGGCAUGCUUCUGCUCUUCUCCGCGGGAACGUUCCUCUUUGUCGCGAUGCACGCGAUGCAGGAAGACAGCAGCUCUCCAAAGCACGAACACGGUAGUGGGAUGAACGGCUACUCGGAGGGUGGCGGCGUCCAGAGGGUCCAGCAGCAACCGCAAAUGCGUGAUACGUUUGCGACGGUCGCCGGUAUGCUCUUGCCCCUUCUCACACAGUUUGGGCACCACCAUUGA